AACUAAAUACUAUUUGAUACAAAAAUAUAAUUCUCUCUACAAACCUCUAAAUCGUUUUGACUGGAAGAUUCGGUAUUGCAAGAAAGAAAUUUUGAUUGAUAUUGACGAAGACAAAUAUGUUAAACUUCGAUCUUAUGGCGGAACACCAUAUUGUGUAUUAAGUGGCGAGACUUUAAUCUUUCUUGAAUCGAAUAAAUUUAAUGAUUAUCAAAAAAAAAAAUGCGAUGUUUGUGGGGAUUUUACAUAUUGUGCCAUGUGCUUUUACGAUUUUCACAGAAACGAUAUAUCUGAAACUAGAGGAAUAUUGGAGAAAGUGACACCUGCGAUUGACAUGCCAAAAACCAAACCAGGAUAUUAUACUGUACGAAAAGGAUAUAAACCAGGAAUUUAUUUAACUUGGGAUAAAUGUGAGACACAAGUUAAUGAAUUUCGUAAUGCUAUGUAUAAAAAAUUCCCUACUCGUAUCAAAGCUCAAAAAUUUAUUGAAGGAAAAAGUGAAGUUUCUGUUAUUUUAAACGAUAGUAAAAUUCAAAUUUGGACAGAUGGAUCAUCAUUUAAUAAUGGUACAACAAGAGCUCAAGCGGGUAUUGGUGUAUUUUGGAAGGAUAAUGACCCUAAUAAUUUAAGCGAAAGAUUACCAGGAUCGGAACAAACUAAUAAUCGCGCUGAAAUUUAUGCUGUGAUUAGAGCUCUCGAAGUUUGUGAAAAUAAAACAAAACCUUUGGAAAUAAUGACAGAUAGUAAAUAUGUAAUCAACAUAAUUGAAGAUUGGGUUGAAAAAUGGGAAAAAAAUGGUUAUAUGAGUUAUAAAAAUACACCAGUCAAAAAUCAAGAUCUAAUCAAAAGGUUAAAAAAACUUAUUGACAAUAGAAUAGGUACAGUUCGAUUGAUUCAUGUUAGAGGUCAUUGGGGAAAUUAUGGUAAUGAACAAGCUGAUAGAUUAGCUAAAAUUGGAUCAUUACAAGAAGAAGCGAAAGAAAAUUUUAAAUUAGAAACUCAUUCUAAACAUAUUACUGAUUAUUUUAACAAAAAAUAA